AUGUUUUGGUCAUUCGUCAUUAGUCUUCUUCUCAUCAUUGAAACAUCGUCUCUCGUUGAUAAUAAUGAUCUAGGUGAAAAUAAACCCAUUGUGGAGGCUCAAAAUGCUCAUGUAACAGUAACUAGUGGACAAAAAACAAUAUUGACAUGUAUAUUUAGUGGUGUCAAUCAUGAGUUAUCUCUUUCAUCAUCGCAUCAAUUGAUAUGGAUUCGACAAAGUUAUGAAGCACAAAAUGCAGAUUCAAUAUUAGCACAUAAUCAAGAUUUAUUAAUAUCGGAUCCUCGUUUAACUAUUCAACGAACUGAUUCUGAUUAUUCAUUAACAAUAACGAAUGUUAAUAUUGACGAUGAAGGCUUUUACGCAUGUGAAGUUAAUACACAACCGCCACAAAAAGCACUUGUUCAUUUAUAUGUUCGAGGUAAAAAAUUUGAUCGUUUUAUUCAUUCCGUUCUGUUCUCGUCCUUCUUUUUUUUUGUUUGGUUUAAAUGCAUGAUCAUACUCGGCACCUGCUAG